GCUGUGCGCACUGGUCUUGGAUCUGAGAGUGUUGUUGUGUGCGUCGUCGUCUCGUCGGCAAGCGGAGAGGUGGCGGCCGCGGAUGGCGGCGGGGGCCGCGACGGCGACGCUCCGGUGGGUGCUGCAGCUGCACAGGGACGUGCCGCGGGCGGCGCGGUUCUACGCGGAGGGGCUCGAUUUCAGCGUCAACGUCUGCACGCUCCGCUGGGCCGAGCUCCAGUCGGGGCCGCUCAAGCUCGCGCUCAUGCACACCAACGACAGUAAUAUUGCAUCGCAGAGAGUAUAUUCUUCCAUGCUAUCGUUCACUGUACCAGACAUUAACAGUACAGUUUCAAAACUAAUGGCACUGGGAGCUGAGUUGGAUGGACCAAUCAAAUAUGAGAUCCAUGGAAAGGUUGCAGCCUUACGAUGCAUCGAUGGGCACAUGCUAGGUCUUUACGAGCCAGCUUGAAGAACUCAUGCCACAAUGAAAGUAACGAAAAGCUCCUUCAAUCACUUGCACAUGACUGAUGUGAAUGUUCAUUUGUUCCCGACAAAAGGUCUUUUGACACAUGUCUACUGACUGAACCUGAUGUUUCUGAAGUGCCAGGGCUCCUUAAUUAGCAAAAUCAUGUGAGAGACAUUGUAGAUAAUUUACAGGAACAGAGCAUGUAUCAUUCUCUGCCUUGUAUUGCUGGUUGUGAUGCACAUGUCCUCGAACUGAAUGCACCUAACAGUUGAGGACUAUCAGUUGGUUGAAGCUAAGUCCAUCCAAAGUAGCAUAUCCAGUGGCUCUGCUUGUUCAUGACCUUGGCUGGUCGAUGCGGCAAUGCAUGUAAUUCAACGUUCAAUCUAGUGCAGGAGUGUUCUGUCCAUGUUCAUUAGUGCAAUGUAUCACCUUUGGAUAUCAUGUAAUUGGAAAUCUGAUACGAGCACUUUGACAAUUAUGCGCCGAAUAAUUGCUUUUCACUUCA